AUGGGGAACACAAGCAGUGAGAGGGCUGCAUUGGGCCAUGGGGAGAAGGCCCAACGGCGGGACAGCAGGGGCACCAAGGAUGGUGAGAGGCCAAAAAUUCUGAUGGACAGCCCUGAAGAUGCAGAUAUUUUUCACGGUGAAGACAUGAAAGCGCCAUUAGAAAAAGAAGAAUUCCUUGCAUGGAGGCAAGAUUUAGAAGCGGAAGACAAAGACCCAACUUUAGAUCGACCAACCGUCUUUCGCUGGAAAGGCGAUGGCAAAGAGGUUUACCUCUCUGGAUCCUUUAACAACUGGGCCAAUAAGAUUCCCUUGAUUCGAAGUCAAAACACCUUUGUCACCAUCGUGGAGCUUCCUGAAGGAGAACAUCAGUACAAGUUUUAUGUAGACGGGCAAUGGACUCAUGACCCAGCUGAGCCUGUUGUAACAAGUCAGCUGGGCACAGUAAAUAACAUCAUCCAGGUGAAGAAAACAGACUUUGAGGUGUUUGAUGCUCUCAUGGUGGACUCGCAGAAGUGCUCAGACAUGUCAGAUCUCUCCAGCUCUCCCCCUGGGCCAUAUCAUCAGGAUGCGUAUGUUCCAAAACAAGAGGAAAAGUUCAAGUCUCCACCGAUACUUCCACCUCAUUUGCUCCAGGUCAUCCUCAAUAAAGACACUGGAAUAUCAUGUGAUCCUGCACUCCUGCCUGAACCAAACCAUGUCAUGCUCAACCACCUCUACGCUCUCUCUAUUAAGGAUGGCGUGAUGGUGCUUAGCGCAACACAUCGCUACAAGAAGAAGUACGUAACUACCUUACUUUAUAAACCCAUCUGA